AUGGACGUGGUGCGCACGCCUCUGUCUGAGAGGAACAGAGAUGACAACUCCAACAACACCAGCGGCUCCGGCACCCCGAUGCAGGUGCUGCCAAAGGCAAAGUCAACUCAGGGCUUGAGGGCUUCCACAAGACAGCACAGCCUGAGCCCAAACAAGCGUCCUCACGUCCUGGGUGACAGCAGCAACCAGAUGCAGCAUACACCCACUCCAGCACAUCAACAGGUCUCCAUCACCCCUUCCCCAAAGCAACGGUCCCCGUUCAAGACCGCUUCCCCUCGAUCUCCGACUCUUGUGCAUCGACCACUUGUCCAGCGUGCGCGGUCUGUGCCGACGGGGCUGGGUCAGUCCCCACUCGCCAGCCAUGCCACUCCUACGCAGCGCAAUGCGGGCAUCCCCAUGUUCCACGCCAAGAACCACCACCACAACCACCACCACAAGCACCACCACCAUCAUAGCCCUUCUUUUCGCAAGAGCAGCAACAAUAGCAAUAGCAGCCCACUCGCAACACCGCGCACCCCACUCAGCGAGGAAGAGGAGGAAGAAGUGUUCUUCGGUUCCGUUAUCAGCUCCGUGGAGCAGCGGCGUGUGAAGAAACUCAACGGCAGACGCCGCACCCUCCUGCAAGUCUACCACCAGGGCGCCAAAGCUUCAGUCCCAGGCUCGCUUCUCAAAGCACAGCAGACACGAGCUGCGGAGAUUAUUCAGAAGAUGGUAUCGGCAAGUGCGACAAGCCAGGCUAGCCGCAGCCACCAAGAUCCAGCCAGCGGCCGCUUCUGUCAGCCUCGCAUGUUUGAAGUGCCCGGCACCGGCAAUGACAGUGACAACGAGGAGGAGGAGGAGGAGGAGGAGGAGGAGGAGGAGGAGAAACAGGAGCCUGUGGCCUUUCUUCAGGAAACCCUGUGUGCGCACGCGUUCACCGCAGCAGAUGUGCACGUCCUUCGCCCACAGCCAACGAAGCACACAGCUGUGCAGCAGCGCCAGCACCACCAGCAACAGCAGCAGCAUGACACAAUCGCACCCACCUCAGAGGUCGCUCAGGAUGGAAGCUCAAUUAAGUGCACGCGCGUGUGCGCCGUGUGGGCCACAAAGGCGGUGCUUCGGGAUUUCUCAGGCGUUCGCGUGACAAACUUGGACGACGCUACAUGCGAUGAGCACAGCACGACAGUGGCCAUGCAAGUGGACAGUGACACCGCUGACGAAGCAACCACAAGAGCUGCUACGAGUGCCGAUACUGCCCAAACUGCUGUUGCCGUUGCGACGACGACUACUGCCGCUGCCCUUGGCGGUGAUGCCUCGAAGCGAACGCCAACACUCGCACGAAAACGGCUCAACCCAACAUCGCCUUCGGCGUGCCUGCUGGACAACAGCAUUGCGUCGAACAGCACAUGGUUGACAUCAACAACAGAACCAAUGCAAGGCAGUGCUCGCCCCGCACUCAUCAGGAGAGCAAACACGUUCAACCUCCACACGCGCGCAGCACAGCCGGCGCGAAAGGCAGAGCGUCUGGAGACGGCACUCGUGUCGGAGGACACAGCACCAGCAGCUGCGACAACCACAGCGAAGGCGUCACCAUCAGCACCACCACCAACAACAGCAACAACAAUGCCGGACACACCUGUGACAUUGCCCAGCGCUUCCUCUGCUGCACCGGCCGCACCAGCAGCGACGCUGCCUCAGGGGUCGCUACUGCCACGCCCCGUGGCCAGCGCUUCUGCUCUUUCAGCUGCGUCCACGCUGGCCACAGCUGCCUCUGCGGAGCACGCGGGCGAUGCCAUGCUGGUGGCGAAGCGACAGCUUUUGCAGCGUAUUCGGUCAGAGCGCAAGCGCUUGGAGACAGAAUUGCUUGCAUGCACAUCGACACCGGCAACACCAACAGCCACUCCGACGACCACCAGCACCAACAACGACGAUAUCAACAGCAACAGCAACAGCAACAACAACAGCAGCAGCAACAGCAACCACAGUAGUGUUGAUGACAUCCAAGUCAACAAACGUGUGUUUGGGCAGCCGAUGAGCGUUGAUGAAAGCUUCGACGGCGUUCCGUCCAGCACCAGCACAAGCAGCGACGGGCGGACGCUGUCGCUGAACCGAAUGCUGCAGCGUGGACGAAUCAACCUGCUAGCAACACUGCAGCCAGCUGUGGAUACGGCGCAACAGCGCGUCGACACGAACACAGGCGACAACAACAGCCAAAGCCACGGCAACAACCAGCGUCAAUCCAUCGAAGCCGCCACCACGGCUGACAACACCAACAACAACGACAACCUGGCAGUGAACAUCAGCGUGAGCGUCGAUGACGACAGUGGCGUGAUGUCCAAGGAUGGUGCAUGCGAGACGGUGUCCCCCACACCCAUUGCGAGUGUGCGGUUUAUUCCCUCGUCGCCACUCCCGCUGAAACCUGUGGCUGAUGACUGCAACAAGGAAAACGUCGCCCCAAGCAACAACCAGGCGAGCCACAGCAGCGGCAAUCUCAGGGAUGCCAUCCCCAACAGCGGCUCAGCCGCGGACACCGCCACCACCACGGUCACCACCACCACAACAAGCAAGCAGCCUGUCUCUGUUGACGGUGCCUCUGAGACACCCGCACCUUGCAUCAUCUCUGCGGCGCCAACGCUGCUUCGACGACCACGUGCACUCCGUGGGUCCCUGGUGCGGCCGUCCGCUCGUCGCCCCUCGCGCGGCAACAGCACCCGGCGGCUUGGUCCCGCUGCGCCAAGCACGCUGUCAUCAUUUGCGUCAACAGCGACAUCAGCUUCAGCAGCAGCAGGAACAGAACAGCACCAGGCGCGCAAGCCGCUGUUGCUGCGAGGUGGACUGCUUGCACGCAGUGACGGCAGUGGGAAGCAGCAACGCCAGUUGCUUCUCGGCAAGUUGUCAACAGCUUCAGGCUCUUCCCUGAACAACGCGACGACGGAAAGAACACCAACAAGCACACCAGCAGCUACGUCAGGUACCACACCGAGUGAGGGCGGUACGCCUGCGCCAACCACUGGCACAUCAACACCGCAUCCUCACCGCACGCUCCGUUCCACGGCGCUGGACUCCAAGGACAACGACAUUCGCUUUGUCACAAAGCUCAACACAAUGCGCAACAGCAAGUACGCCGUUGUCAAGUUUGUGCUGCCAGACCCCCACGACUUUCAGGCACAAGAAGAGUUUCUCAGACAGGUUGACGCGAAGGAGAGCACAGACGAGAGUGGCGUUGACUACACGCGCAUCCGCUGGCACGAGCACUUGGAAACCACGGAGAAGAGCACUUGCCCGCACAAUACGACGCCCACAAACAUGCGCUCACUGCUGAAGCAACGCGGGGACAACAGCCCCUUCCCAUAUGGCGAGGACCUGGAGACGGUGGAGAUUAAGGUGCUGCCGCGCAUCCGCCCUGCCCGCCGUGGCUCAGGUGUCACGCGCAGGCGAGAUGCAGCAGGCCUCCCCGGCGAUGAUGACGCCUCUGACGCCGCGUGGGUGUGA